AUGAAAGAGAGGAAUGAUUCUCCAAUGCCAAUUAUAGGCGUUUAUGUAGCAGCUGCUUCUCUGGCCUGCUCUUUCGCCAUGUUCCGCAACUCCUCAAUCAAAUUAAACCUGGACUUGUCAGGCAGAUUCUUUGCUCUCAAUGCAACAUGGCUGACACUAUUAGCCGCGGCUACCAAGCUGACAGGGGAUCUCACAUCUCCCAUGUGGUCUGCCAAAGACAACAUCGUCAAAAUCACAAGCACUGCUUUCUUAACCAUCGCGAUGGGCUGUUUUUUCACCACACUGGGCUCUAUGAGUGAUACAGAUGUUCUCGCCACUAGGACCGCUUUGACCAUAUUGGUCAUCACCGUGGUUGCGGAUUUGUGCAUACAAUUAGGGACCGGUGCACUUGAUUACUCGUUGUUCCCCGAGAUCAUCUUCGCCAUUGUUCUGUUGCUCUGCAUGUUCAUAAUUGUUUUCUGUUCGGCUUUAGCAGUUCCAGCAAUCAAGAAACGCGCAGAGCUGAACUAUCAGAAGAUAGUUUCAGAUGAUGAACGGAUGAAAGGGAAACAACGCACAGUUGAAGAGCUGAGAUUGAGUGUUACAAAGUUUUGGGUGAUGGCAGCAUCUGGUAGCCCCCAAUUUCUUAUGAAAAGGUUGGUCACCUAUGUUUCUUCGACUGUCGUUUCUUUACUUUCUGCCAUUGUUAUUUUUGUCGCGAUUGAUAGGAUGAGACAUGCGUUCGAAAAGUGGGUAUCGUCUCAUUGUAAGGAAGAAUCUGAGUAUAAGUGGUCUGUCAUGUUGAUUAUAUUGUCUCAAUCUGCAGUCACGGUACCAUCUAUGGUCUCAACUACAAUUUUCUUGAUUAGUGUCAUGUGUGAUAAGUAUGAGAGUAAUGGGAUCAAAAUCAGUAGAGAAGAAUUCACAAUUGAGUCUUAUUGGACUGAAAGAUUGGUGGAGUGGAGACAGAGUUCAAUAGCUUUGAGGUUUAAGAAACGCACAAUUAGAAAAUUGUUACACAACAUAAAAUGGCUGAUCUUGACUUUGUGCAUACUACUUCAGACUCUGAUUGUCAUGUGGUGCAAGUUAUGUUGUGCUCUCUCUUUUUACUCCGUGCUUCCAUUAGUAUUUUUAGUUAAUCAUUUACGUGAAUUGUUUCACAAAACUGAAGUUUCAAAUCACCACCAGAAAAGUCACGAGGAGGUAGAUCUCAACUGUUUUGUAAUACUGCUCGAAGGAGAAAGACAACUUCCAAAAAGAUUAUUGAGAACGAUUACUAACAUGAUGGAUAUGCAUAUUGAGAUGGGUAAGAUGCAAUCGCCACAAAAUCUAUUUAAUCUUCUCAAUCAUAGUUUCUCUUUUAGUGGGGUAGCAGAAUUUGAUAGCAAUCGAGUUUCAACUCUGUUAUUCAGUGAACCUCCUAAUUGUUGGACACUUCCCGUGAUAACACUAACAACUAUUGCCAUUGCACUUCCAAACAUUGCAAGUCAACAUAUUGAUGAAUUGGUAAGCAGUGUUGAUGAAGGCCUUCGCUACACAAGCCUUAUAGAUGCCUUAGAUGAUAAGUGUGGGUUGAAAAGCAUAAAAAAUGUAGCAAAUGUUGUGUGGGUGGGAGUGGAGCUUCACAAGGAGUGGUUGGGCGUGGAUCUUAAGGGCAAAUUUAGGGAAGUAAAUUCUGCUAAGGAGAUUAUCCAAACCCUAGCCCAUGUAGCCGAACAAAUCGUCAUGGAGUUUAGCUUUAUAGGAGACAAAACUCUAGUGCAAAAUCCUCUCUACUGGCCUGCAAAUGUUUUAGCUGCUAAUUCAAUGUAUAGAAUUAGUCGGACUAUUUUGCUGUUCUAUGAAAAUGGUGAAUGCCAAGUUGAAGAGUUGUUUAAGAAGUUAACAUGCAUGAUUGCAGACAUAUUGACAGCUUGUCUUAUCAAUUUGCCCCGUGUGAUAAUUACCAAGUGCAAAUGUAAUGCUAUUGAGGAAAGGGAGAAAAGCGUUCGUGAUGCGAUUAUUCUUUUAGAAGAAACUGAAUAUAUUCUAAGGCAUUUUGAGGAGCAUCAACUUUCAAGCAUGGGUCCCAGACAACCAUUAUGCAUUGAUGAAUGGCGGCAGUGGUGGAUGGAGAGACAAGUUCCAACUGUUUUAGCAUCUGCACCUUCAGUUGAGUCCAAUGAGUAUGUGGCUGUUCAAAUGCAGGCUUGA